AUGCCCGUUGAGCCGGCGUCUGUGCCAGACUUCGACCACUUGCCCCAGGUAAAGGGCAUGCCCCAGGGUUGCGCUUGGGGCAUCUUCGACCAGCGCGGCAAGAAGGACCUUGUAGGCACGCUCAACUUUCUCACGCCGACUGUCAUCAAGGCAGCUGUUGCCGAGGUCACGGAUGGCGUGUCCAUCUCCCUCAAUUGGCCUCUCAAUGCCAUCAGCAAGGUUGAACCCCUCUGCCGUACGCAGCCCAAACACAACGUCAAGUAUCUCCCGGAGACGAUGAAGGGCGUCGUCGGGAAGUCGUGGGACGACGAGCUUGAAUUCAACACGCAGGAUAGCAGCCAGUGGGAUAGCCUGUGCCACAUCCACCACCUUCCGUCUGGCCUCGUCUACAACGGCUUCAGCCCGGACAAGCAGUCCCUUGCUGCCAAAUCAACCGUGGAGAACAAACUGCCCACCCUGGACCACUGGCACCCCCACGGGGGCCUCGUCGGACGAGGCGUGCUGCUCGACUACAAGGCAUUUGCAGAAGAGACGGGCGUCCCCUUCAGCCCCCUGGACGGAAUCUCCAUCAAAGUAAAGGACCUUGAGUCUUGCGCCAAGUUCUUUGGCGUCGAGUUCCGGCCCGGAGACGUUCUCACCAUCCGAACCGGUACGACAGAUGCCCUCGAGAACCAGGCCAAGGAAGACAUGAAAAGGCUGGCGUCGGGGCGGAUGAGUGGCCUUGACGGGAGUGAGGAAAUGGCAAGGUGGCUCUGGAACAAGCGAUUCGCAGCCGUGGCAUCCGACACAUUUGCUCUCGAAGCCUUUACUUCGGUGAAGCCUGACGGAACGCUCGGCGAACUGGACAAUCUGGUUCUUCACCACUACCUGCUCGGCCUCUUUGGCAUGCCGAUUGGCGAACUCUGGGACCUCAAAAACCUGUCCGAAUAUUGCAAAAAGACGAAGCGGUAUUCCUUCUUGGUAACAUCGGCGCCUCUGAAUCAUCCUUGCCUCGUUGGCUCGCCAGCCAACGCCCUCGCGAUUCUCUAG